AAGGAGCUUUUCUGCUGCUCUUUCUCGAGUCGCUUCCCCCAGAGCCUUGCUACUGGAAAAUUACGCUUUUCCAGAAUUUCAGUGCUUAAUGCAUCUCUAGAAGCAAGCGAGCAAAGCCAUAUUAUCUAGGAUAGUUUAGCCAGAAACCUAGGUGCCUCUGUGUGCCUGCCAAGUGCAUUACUCAUACGCCGCGUUGACCGCUGAACAAAGCAUGGAAAUGAAAUCAUACCAACCACACACAAACAGAGGCAAUAACAGUUAAGCUCACCUGUGUGUGGGUGUGGGUGUGGGUGUCUGUGAUGAAAAUUGUGAAAUGCGUGCCGUGGCAGAAAAGAAAACAAAAGACAGCAAAAUAAAUGAAAUGAAAUGAAACAGAGCAGCAAUAAAACGGGGCAAGAACAAAGGACGAGAGCUAAUGUCUGAACCUGACCAAAGUCCAGAGUCACGCGAAGUUGCAACAACAAGAGUAGCCAAAUAUAUAUGUAUAUUUUUUAAAAGAGCACCAAGGUGAAACAAGGAUGUUUCGGAUGUCUGUGUGGCAAGGGGUUGGUGCAGAAACUAGUUAGAUCAGACUUCUUCGCACAGAUCCGCAAUAAAUCAAGAAUACUGUGUGUCCUGGCUGGACAGACAAAUGCAAAUAAAUUGCGGAAUAAUAAGCAAAAUGCCAAGGCACUGGCAAAUGGCAACUGGCAACUGGCAACGGGCAACCAAAAAGCGAAAUGCGAAAAGCCGCCGCACAAAAUGUGUAGCAUAAAUAAUUCCACCCACAACACACAGAGGCAAAAACAAAAAAAAAAACAAAAAAAAAGGUUACACAGUCACUAGGGCGACACCAGUAGACUUUCAAACGCCGACGUUGGCGUCACAGCUGACGGCGACGUCGACGUCGACGCCAGCAGCGCAGUCAGCGGGGGCAGCAGGACCUUCGUACACACUCUCCCAUUCAUUCUCUCACUUGCCAUCGCACUCUGCAAGAUGUUCCUCUCUAACUAACCUACAUCAACAGCUGUGAGUCGUGAGUUCGUGAGAAAAGUGCCACCCACGCAAGCCGCAAAAAUGCUGUUUUAGCUGCUGUUGAUACGUGUGCAAAGCCAGCGAAAGGAGUAAACAAUUAGCCACAGGACAAAUGCAAACGCCAGAGCGCGCUUUUCUCUGACUGUCACUCGCUGUCUCUUCCCUUCUCUGUCUCUCUGUCGCUGUCUCUGUCGCUCCCCUUCGCGGACCUUCGCCGGAACAGCUGUUCUCCAUCUCUAUCCAUCAAUAUCUCGCCCCCUCUCUCUCGCUCUCUCUCACUGUCUUUCUGCCUCGCACUCUCUCGUGGAAGCUUUCUCCAGCUUUUCUCCUGCGCCGAAGCGUGUGUACAUAACCUAAAAACCCACCGCGCUCUGCAUGUUGCGGUAGGCGGACGCAGGACGCAGGACGAAGGACGACGGAGGAAGGACGACGGAGAACGGAGGCGUCGCAGUUGCACACACAAGUGCAACAUCGCCAGCAGCAGCAGAGCGACGGAGCGGCGACGGAGCAGCGUUGAUGCCGUUGCAGCUGCUGCUGCGCAGCCAGCGACGACAGCAGCAACAUUAGUGAUACGAGCAGUAGCAGCAGCAGCAGCAGCAGCAGCAGCAGCAGCAACGCCAGCAGCAGCAGCAGCAGCAACAAUCAGCAACAUCAGCGCCCUGUGUGCACCGACAAUAAUAUGAGGAGUGGCAGUUCGGAAUUACUACUCGAGCAGCAACAACAAGAGCUACGGUUACGUAAAAUCCGAGAACUGGCUCCGAAAAAGAAAAAUGGCAAUCGGCGCUUUCGUUCGUGGCGGGAACGUGCGCGUUUCUAUGGCACCUCGACACUGGCCUUCUUCUCGGUGACCGCCGGCGCAUCGCUGCUCUUCCUCGUACCGCUCUAUGUGGAUCCGGCGAUAUCGACGCUCAGUCACGAUUUCAUCGAGAAGCCAACGCUGUGCACGACAACGCGUCGCGAGGAUCUAGUGGGCAUAUUCAAUUGCUCGUGGAGUUCGUGUCGCGAGGGCUGCACCUCCGAUUUGUAUCGCUGCGUGCACAUCUAUGUGACGUUCAUUGAGCAGAACAUUACGAUACCGGAGAAUAUGACCGAUUAUAGCAAUUUUACGUCCGACAUGGAGCAAUCCGGUGAGGCGACACUGCUUGUGAAUAUCAAGGGAUGCGGCUAUCCGCCAUCGGUGACGUGCAAGAAUUUCAACGGUUACUACGGCAUCGAGGGUGCCAUCUUUCCGUGCUUCUACUCGCGAAAGAACCGGACCGUGGUGCUGACAUCGUACAACCACGACGACCAGGUGGCCAUGAUCAUUCACUUCUUCGCGGUGCCCUUUGUGAUAACGGUCAUCUCGUCCAUCGCCCUCUGCAUCAUGCACUGCGACUGCCGCUGCAAGAAGGAUCGCAGCCACCGGCGCAAUCGGCCGCAGUGCCGAAGGCCGCGCAUCGAGAAUCUCAGUGAUACUUCGAUAUCGACGCGAGUGGAUAUGCUCACGCCUGCUAUUGAAGUCUACAAGCCGCCCCUCUGACACAAGGACGACACUGUGGAGAGCAAUUUAGGGAAUCCCUCGACGAGUAGCGACUUCUAGCAGAACCUGAUACCAAGUCCUGCAGAACUAGCCAAGGAUAAUCUAUUUGUUCUUCCAACAUAGUGUCAGCCCCAGCGAACUUCGAACUUCGAAUGGAGAUCAUAGAUGGUAGAUGAUAGAUGAUAUAUGAUAGAUGGGUGAUGGCCAAAAAACUGGAGACGACCGAAACUAUCAGUGGUUUUAGUGCAACUAGGCGUGCAGAAGUGAAUCAGAUUAAUGAGAGACACAAACGGACACGGACACAGACACACAUAAAUUAAUAAUUGAUCCAACUGAAUAAUUCCUAAGAUUGAUUAAAUUUAGUUACUUUUUAGCGUAAAUGAUUUUUAAACCAGCCGACGCAGGAGGUGCAAACCAACAGAAGGGUUAAUCGGUCAAUGAAAUAGAACGAAGUCUAGUUUUAAGCUGUGGCAGUUGCAGUGGCAGUGGCAAGUGUAUUUGUAUCUCUAGCCGCCUAUGCAACAUACGAGUAUAUGUAUGUAUAUGUGUCUGUGCGAAUAAACCAUAUAGUACGAGUAUAUGCGAAAGUUGGCAAUGUGUAAAUUUAGUUUAAAGUGACGAAUCAUCACGGAUGUAAAACAAUGGCUAAAUGAGAACAACAAAAACACCUAAACAGAAAAUGCAAUGAAUAAUUUUUGUACUGCUGAAUGAGAAACCAAGUGGAAAAACAGAACAUUAACGUUAAGUGUACAAUUUUGCAUUAGGUAAUGAAUAAGUUUGUAAUGCAUUAGUAAUUAAAUACAAUAAAAUGUUCAGCUAAUCACAUGGAAAGCAAAAGCAAACCCAAAACUACAAAUGCAAGCAACAAAAAACGAAGUUACGAAAUUACGAAUAUGCAAUUGGAAAUAUGUAUUCAAAUGGAAAUUCGGCCAGCGGCAAAAUAAAACAAAACAUUUUACGCUUCGUUUAAUCGCUCCACACAAAUGUAGACACGCCACGCCUCAUUUUUUAUAGAAUCCGCCCACAUAACACCCCCACACACACACACACCACCCGAACAUCAAUCGCUUUUGGUUUGCGCAGUAGAAAUCGGGUUACAAAGUUCGUCUUAGACGACACACGUAUGCCCUUCACGAAGUGCCCCAAGUUGAGAGAAUUUGGUCAAAUUUCAAUCGAGAAAUGUCUCUUAUUUGCAUCCCUCAAUGUUUUUGAUGUUUUUUUUUUUUGGUCAAGAAAAUCAAUUGAGUCUUUGUUGUGUAGUAAUGGUUAAAAUGUUUAAAAAGGAUAAUUCAAUAAUGAACGUUUUGUGACUGUGAUCAUUUGAAUGAGAUGUAGUGAAAUAUGAUAUUAUUGAGUAUUGUUGUUGACAACAAAAAAUUACGAAAAGCAAUUAACUUCUCGGUCAUGAUUCAAUCAUCCACCAUCAAUCAUCCACCAUCAAUCAUCAAACCACCAGCACGCCAGAGCACAUUUCGCCUAGAAGUUUCUAUACAAUUCCCCAUCAAUUAGUCUAGUGUAGUUAGAUCACCCACCCACUUGGCAUUAUGGCAUUAUGGCAUUAGAUUCUUAUUAAUUUCGAGGCUAAUCACACACACAUACACCCACACACACACUCACACAUACACCCCAUCGUGCUUGACAAUAUUUAAUUUCUAAAGGGAGUUUUUCAAUCAUUCCAUCCUAAGGACAUUGACAUGCUGCGCCCAAUUUGUAACUAAACCCGCUUAUUCUGUUCCACAUUGAGAUACAGAGGCUUUGACAAAAGGACGAAAAGGACGAGAGUGAAGGAGACAUUAGGGGAUAUUGAAUGUUAACAUUUAUUUGUAUAAGCUGCAGAAACAUUGUUGGAUUUAGAGGAACCUGCAUAGUUUUUUGAUAUUCAUGUAGAUACAUGUAAAUGCCACUCACUAAACUUAAGAGAAUAAGAAGUAAAACGCUACCGAUGGCAUCAAGGAUAAUUGCAUUAUAUUUGUAAUAUCAAACUGUUCAUAGUUAAGACGAGCCUAGCCACAGGAUAACAAUUGAAAAACAGAGAACACACAAAUAACAACAAAUGUAUAUAAGCUGACUAGAAAAUUGGUAAUGGAAACUUUUGAAACCAAAACGAAAAAAAAAACAAAAAAGAAAACCAAACAAACUCAAAGAAGCUACAACAAAGUGCAUAUAAUUUUGAUAGUUAAGCUAAUUUUAAUACAUUUUUUAAGAUACAGCAAGAGGGCAAAGUACUACGAUACGAUAAGGAAACCAACAAAUAGGAAAAUUCAAACCAAAUGAGGAGAAGCCGUGAAAAUUAUUCCAUUUUUACACACCCUCAAAAACUGGGGGUCUCGUUAAUUGGUUUUGUUGUUAACAGUAAAUAAUGCAAUAAACAUUCGCGUAUUUCUUACUAUUAUUGUUAUUAUCAUUGUUGUUAUAAUGGAAAUUUGAAUUCGAGUUGUGCACAAUGUUUUUUUAUACACCGCAAAUUGGCUUAGUCAGUACAAGGAAAUUCGUUUUUUUAUAAAUUCGAUCAACUUAAGAGCAUGUCUGGCAUUUUAAGGCCAAUGACACCACACACACACGCAUUGAACAAUUGACAUUAAUUUAUACACAUAUAACGACGAGAGAAAUAAUGGAAAAUAAUAGAACUAGAACGCAUAUUGAAUAAUAAAUGAGACAUACAUAUUAUUGAAAGAAAUUAAAAACGAACAUUA